UAACUCCAAAAUUACACCGGAAGUAAACAAACUCGGCAUGCGAAAACCUGUUAAAAAUUUAUUUGGUUGCUAUCUAAUGCAAUAGGUGGAGAUAAACGCUAGACAGGCUAGUUGAACAUAUUAAAUACAAUUUGAACCAUAACUGAUUUAUUUGAAGUGAUAAAGCACAUUUCAGAAUGGAUGGUAUUAUGCCGAGAGAUUCUUUGUUCCAGCUCCGUGAUAUGUUUGUGCCACCGGACCAAGGAGAUGAUUCUGACAGUGACAUUGAUGAUUCACCAAUAGGUGGAGUGAACAAAUUAGGCCCAGGAGACCUUGGCCCACAGAAGAAAGAAGCAGCACCAAAAGGAAUAGAGAAGACACAGAAGAAAAAAACAAAAGAUAUUUGGGACGAUGAUGAAGUGGUGGAGGGAUCAGAGUAUGACACAAUAUAUGACCCACGGCCUCAACCAGAUUAUGAUAUUAUUUACAAACAAGCAAUAACCUCAGAAGACAUGUUUCUACAGAUGGGAAAUAAAAAUAAUGCCACUGCUAGCUGUGAAGAUAUGGUGGUGAAAAUAGAAUUACCAGGCACCAAAGGCUCAGAUAUAGAAUUAGAUGUCAAAUCUAAAUUUUUAGAUUGUAGAACACCCAGAAGUAAACUAGGACUACAUCUUCCACAUCCUGUUGACCACAAGGCAGGGAAAGCACAGUGGGAUGCUGACAAACAUGUAUUAACAGUUACAUUACGGAUGGUCAGAGAUUAUGAUGAUUUUAAUUUCUGAUCUUGUUUUGUUUUAAAAUGUUUUAUUUUGUUAAAUAUAAAUCAGAGGUUUAGUGUUUUCCUCUUUUUAAAAAAGAGGACAAAGCCUACAUUGGAUUAAAAAAAUUAAGUCUGACAUUUGAAUAAUGUCAAGUUUUUGUUUUAUCACAGAAUUUUUGAUAUUCUAGGUUCUUAGUAAAUCAUCUCAUUGAUGAAAUAUUAAAAUCGAAUGAUGAAAAUAAAAAGACUCCAUCAAUGAAAUUUGAUAAAUGGCAGGUUUUAUUUUUAUCAAGUUUUUGUUUUUAAAUGAAUUGACUAUUUCAGAUAUUGUAGGUUUCUCAAUCAAUCAUCCACCAGUAGUUAAUGGAAUAUUUCAA